AGUAGUUAUCGAAACGAACUAUUUAAGAAAUCUCUUCCCUUCGUCGAUUUAGUCCGAUAGUAGAUCCCGAAGCAAAAUGAACGUAAUUCUGGUGGUUCUGGUGGCACUGGUUCCAGCGCUGGUCCUGACCGACGUGGUUCCUGUUCAGCAGUGUAAAUCCGGUGGCGCCCUCCCAUCCGGGGUGGACAUCGAGGGUUGCACCAAGGUGCCCUGCCAGCUGGUUCGCGGCCAGGAUGCCGUAGCCCACGUAGACUUUACGGCCCUGUCCGAGGUGAGCAAGCUGCGACCGGUUGUGCUGGCCACGGCCCUGGGCAUCACCGUUCCGUUCGAACUGCCGGCCGAUCGUCAGGACGCCUGCGAGUGGCUCGAAGAUUCGCGCUGUCCCCUUUCGGAGCAGGAAGAGGCCCGGUACGAGCUGCGGCUGCCCGUGGAGAAGUCCUACCCGCCGAUUGGCGUCGACGUCCAGCUUCAACUGGUCGACCAGGACGGACAGGUCGUGAGCUGUUUCAGCGUUGAGGCGAAGGUUGUUUGAGUGGAAAUAAAGUUUGUUUGAAGGAA